AUGUAAGAUGCGAGAUUCCAGAUGCGUUGCGGUCCCUUGGUUACAGUGCUAAUGGUAUUCAUCCUUUUGGAUAACUACUCGGAUGCAGCCAAGCGAGUCAAACAGCGGCACAAGCCCAGUGGCGAGGGUCCUAUCUGCAAGACAAACCAUAAAACAAGUCAGAUGUCCUCGAAGGCGGCGUCGGACGCGAAGGCUGCCAAGGAUGCGCAGUCGUGUGCUGCCGAGGCGGCAGGGAAGCAGGUCAAAAAUAUGCUGGCAGAUAAGGCGGCACAGGCGGCCAAGGCAGCGGAGGCUGCACUGGCCGGCAAGAAGCAGCUAUGCGAAGAGCUUACCAAAAAUCUGAGCGAAACGCAAAGGGUCAUGCAGGAGGUCCAAAGAGCCAUUUCCGCAAGUUCGUGCGGGGCCAAGACAGCAAAGAGAGUUCGAGACAACGUACACCGGAACCUUAACGCUAUGAAGUGUCUGUAUGGUCAGAUGCGCAAAAAUGUUGUGAGUCUCCGUCGGGUGGCGAGCAACGCCCAACGAGACUUGGCGGAGAAGCGGAGUCUUCUGAAUGCGGCUAAGCGGCGGGUGGAAGAGCUCAACACCUGCUUGGACCAGGGUCGUAAGGAUCUAGAGCGGAACCGGGAGAACGCUAAGAAGGCGAACUGCGCCGCCGAAGAUGCCAGGCAACGGAUUGACGUUAUGCGGCAAUUGGUUUCCAAAAUCAAGAAUCUAAAGAAGAAGGAUCUGCAGUCAUUAAAGAGCUUAAUUCGCCGAAGAAGAAAUCAAAUCCAAAAAAACACUCCGUUAAGUUGAUUGUUAAAAAGUGGCGUUAAAAAAAAUUAUAUUUUUUAAUAUUUUAUAAUCUAAUAUUAAAUUAGAAUCUUGUAUUCAAUAAAUAAAAGCAUUCAUUUCUUGGUGCACUAA